AUGGACCUGGAGAAAACAGUUGGGGUCUUGCUGUCAAAAAAUGAACAACUCGAGUUGGAAAAUGAUCAGUUGAAGUCAAUGCUAAGUGUAGUCAAGGAAAAUAUAGACCUGAGAGCCAAGAUGCAGCGCUUCAACAAUGAUUCUCUGGAGGACUUAACAGGAAGAAAACCAUCCAGUCUCUGGCAAAACACUAUCGAUGAGAGACAGUUCAGAAAAGACCUGCAACAAACCAAAUCUAGCCAUGAACACCGAACCUCAUCCCCCGUCGACUUCAAGUCCUUUAUCCAAUGCUCAGUGCACACAGAUGCAAAUGAGAAAGAGGUUCACAGCUGUCAGGCAGAAGUUCCUCUUGUGGUCAAAGGUCCAGAAAGGCUGCUAGGAGAGAUUGCCUAUCAAUUAGAUCGGAGAAUUCUGUCCCAUGUCUUCCAGGGCCAUAAGAGGCUUUAUGGGUUCACUCUGCUUAAUGUGCCAGCCAAGAUUACAGAGGUGAGCACACACCCGCUGACAGGGAAGGUGGAUGAAGGCUAUCGGCUUCAUCUCACUCAGAGGCAUGCUGACCUGAUGGAGUGGCUGAGCCAAUUUGGGUAUAAAACCACACUUCACCCUCCAUUCACUGAAUUUGUUGUCAACAACUACGGGAUCCUGAAAGAGAGGCCUGGUGAUUACAGUGGAAUGGACUGCAAUAAUCCAGACUUUCUGAGGAACGUGAUCAUAAAGUCUGCACCAAAAAAACUCCAGAAGGACCUACUACUUGUGCUCAUCUGCCUCUGCAAUAUGACUGAGAAGGAUAAAAAGCCUCUUCUUCUCUGGUGUGAAAAUGAUGAAUCAGAGUACAAAGCAGAUCUCACUAGCCAACAGGUGGACUCAGGGCUUCAGCAGUCGGAUUGUCCCGGGUUUCGUGCUAAGUGUCCAGUGGAGUCCAUGACAGAGCGCAUAGGAAUGCAGCAGAACGGGAAGCCCUGA